AUGAACAAUGGCAAAAAGCAGGCGCUGAAGCACACCAUAUCCGAAGACACCAUGGACGACAGAGCACUGAAGACGAUGCUUUCACGCGCGAAUCAAUUCAACGCCAGGCCACGGCGAGAUGACAUCGAGGUCGAAAGCAUCCCACGGCUGAGCAUCAACGAGACUUCAACAAACGAGGGGCUGUCGGGUUCCUAUUUCGCGUUGCCCGAGCACAACGAAUUGGAGCGCAGCUUCGACUGGUGCAACUGGAUAGGCGACGAGAUGGAACUCUUGUGGCGGAAGGGCUUCUCGUCGAUCGCCCAGGGCAGAGCGCCGCCAGCGGUGGCGCUCCAAUCUAUGAUCCUGCUCGCCUGCGACGACAUAUAUGAGGCGGUGCUUCCUGGAUUCGAUCCCAUGGAGAUAACCCACCUGAAGACGUACAGGAAGGAUACCUUGGAAGGCAGCGCCCGCGACGAGCUGCGCCUUAUGCGCGACGACGAUACGACGGUUGUCGGGGAUAUACAGAUGGGCUUUGAAACGCCGGAGGCCCUGCGCACCUACUUGAAAAAGGCACGCAUGCUCGUCAACGUCGUGGAGAUACGGGGUGCAAAGGCGCAGGGCGCACCGCAGUAUCAUCCAACAUUCAUACUCGAUACUCGAUACUGGUCGGUCUACAUCUACUUUCCGAACAGCAACGGGGGGCGCAGGACCCUGAUCGUGAACCUUGUAGCAUCGGCGUUGCGACAGAUGCUGGCCUGGGCUGGGAUAGCGGAGGAUCUCCACGUGUAUGCGCCGCCAAUCUCCCCGGUAGACGACAAGGAUGUCUUCGGACAGGCCAUUGUUGGCGUCUUCAUGAUCUUUCUUACCCUUCGCGGCUGGACAGGUGUCGAUUUCGACACGGUAAUCGACGUCAAGCCCGACGAGAAGGGUACCUCCGAGGUCGAUAAACACCGCUUCCCCAUUCCGCAGCGAGACUGGCUGCUUGGGAAGGGGUGGAACAAGGAGGGCGGGGAUAACGUCUUGGCCAAAACUAAGGGACCCAACGUCGGGGUCCGCAACGUUGCGGCGUUUCUAGGAACCGUCAUAUGCAACCACCUAGGCUUGCAUCACAGGGAGUACAGAGACGGGACGGAUGUGUGUAACGUUGACGACUGGACGCAGGCGGCGACGUCGUACGACCCCCCCCUGAAGCAUGGUAGCGGCUACACGGCUGAAGGGGACGAAGCUGUGCCGGCCGACGAGGAACGCACGAACCUUGGGAUGCAGCAGUACCUGCGCUGGCAUGAUGUUCCGGUGCACAAGCUACAGACAGGCGAGGGUCAGGACUAA